CGGGCAAUUGAGUUGGGUGGCGGACUGGAGUUGACGACGGAGGCGGUGUAUGUACCGCAUAUAUCACCGCCCACGCCGCCGUCUUCUAUGCCUGCUUCUGCGAUCUUGCCUCCUGCACCGCAUGCGCAAGCACCACCCAUCUCGUUACCUCCUUCCACUUCGCCCUUGGAUCCGUCGCCGACCACGACCUUGACGAGUGCUGCGACACAAGCUCCCCCACAACCCGAGCCGACACCACCGGCGAUCCCGCAAUCGGUGAUGUUGAAACCGUAUAAACACCAAGUCGGCGGCCACACCGCAAUAUUCCGCUUCUCCAAAAAAGCCGUCUGCAAACCCCUCGCAAGACGCGAAAACGAAUUCUACGAAGCCGUCGAAAACCACCACCGCGAACUCCUCCCCUUCCUGCCCAAAUACAUCGGGGUGCUAAAUGUCACGCAUCGGGCCAACCCCCUGAAACCCGAGUCGGAAGAGGAGGAAGAAGAGGUGAAGCCGAGGUUUCCGGAGGUUAGUGUUGAGAGAAAUCGGCAUAUUAUUCCGGAGUGGUUGUUGCAUCCGCCGAGUGCGCCGCCGAAUACGAGGCAGAAUAGUUCGCAGAGUCCGGUUACACCCUCGAGUGCUACUUCUACGGCGUCUAUGGGGACUGCUGCGCUUCAGGCGCCGAAGCCGAAGAAGUAUGGGAGUUGGGGCGCGACGACCGUGAACCGUAAAUUACAGGAACAGGUUUUACGGGAGGUUUUUGCUCCACGCGAGCCUGGGACCAGAGAUGGUGGUAGAGGCAGUGUUCAUGGACACAGCGAACGCCGCAAAAAGCGUGGGGUAUCCCGCCCCCGAAUCCGUGAGACCAUCGUCGAAGAAGCCGAGCCAAAGGUGGUUCGGCCGAGUACGAGUCUUGAUGAUCGGGGUUUGGUGAUGGGUGUCGCGCACGGGCUCGCGAUGACGCCUGAUACGAUGGUGGAGGGUGGGGAGGCGCCGAAGGAGAAGAGGAAGCAGAGGCGGUAUUCGAGUGGUGAUGAUCGGGAGGAUACGCCUGCGCGGGAGGAAGGCGAUGGACAUGGCGGUGUCUUCGAUAUGGAUGAUCUAGGUGAUACCAUCACUGGAUCCAUGACGCCCCCCGUCAGGAGUCCAAUCGAGGGGAGUGUGGAUGUUCCGUUGGGGAGUCAAACGGUCGAUAGGAAUGUUGGAACCGCGAAGGGUACGAAUAAGGAUUUCGUGCAGGCGAGGUUGAAUUGGAGUCAGAGGUGUUACGAGAUCGCACAGGCGCGACAAGCGAAAGCGGCACUUGCUGCGGCGAAGGCUGCGCAGGCUAAUGCUUCGAGUCCGACGAAGGCUGGUGCGAUGAGGAUUGAGCAACCGGAGGAACGCACGGAACGCUUCAUCCUGAUGGAGGAUUUGACGAGCGGGAUGAAGAAACCCUGUGUACUGGACCUCAAGAUGGGAACACGACAGUAUGGAAUCGACGCGACUGACAAGAAGAAGAUGUCGCAGAGCCGAAAAUGCGCGAUGACCACCUCUCGUCAACUCGGUGUCCGUGUCUGCGGAAUGCAGGUCUGGAACGUCGCGACCCAGAUCUACAUCUUCCAAGACAAAUACUACGGCCGCGACCUCAAAGCCGGUGCAGAGUUCCAGAAUGCGUUACGGAGGUUCUUAAGUGAUGGGAAUAAGAUCCUCGUUCAGCAUAUCCCUGUUAUUCUCCGCAAGUUGACGACGUUGGAGGGGAUUAUUAGACAGCUUAAGGGGUAUAGGUUUUAUGCUUCGAGUUUGUUGUUGUUGUAUGAUGGCGAAGCUGUCGAGGCUGCUGCUGAAGCGAGCCAGGGGAAGGAGGAGCCUGUCCAGCCGAAAGAGAUCACGAUCAAGAUCGUUGAUUUCGCCCAGAGCUUCGCACUUGAGGAUGGAUUGCCGGAGAAUGCACGGUACCCGCCUCAGCACCCUGACAGCUGCGAUCAGGGAUACUUGAGAGGAUUGCGGACGCUAAGAAUCUACUUCCAGCGAAUCUGGAGAGAAGCACACGGCGAAGGCGAAAUCGGCCGUGGCGAAGGCGAGGAGCUCAGUAGUUGGGGCGUCGAAGACGUCAUGGAAGAAGUCGCCGGACGUGGCGAAGCCUACGAUGACGGAGAAGUUUCUACAUGAGAACAGAGAAAGUUUGAGAUUGAUUGGGGAUGAAAGAUAUACUAGGUGGUUACCUUUCGUUUGAUCACAUUGCAAUUGCGCUUUUGCUUGCGUCUUUUAUAAGUUAUUAUCUUUUGCAAAAGGAAAGGAAGGAAACAUUGGGUUUAGCAUACGUUAAAGGGUUC